GCUGAACCAGACCCACGCAUCCCUUCAGCCAGAUAACACCCUAUGCACUUUGGAGAUGAUGCAGCAUCCGGCCCUCGUCCUCUUACUCUCUUCCUGCCUCACGCUAGCCUUCUCCCUCUCAGUGAUACCUAGACCUUGUGACCGCCUCUGCUUGCGCCGGAGCCCCCUCGGCCCGAGCGAGUACGUGUGCUGCCAAAAAAAAUGCCCGGGAAAAUCGGAAGAAUAUUGUUCGGACAACCCACCCCCAGUGACGUACUGCCAGGGACCUGGCCCAUGCCCGCUGGGACAGAUGUGCUGUUGGGAUCCCUGUCUGUCACGGGGAGUGUGCAAGACUCCUUUCUAUUACAUAGAUGGGAUAGAUGUGCCAGUCUAGCUAGUUUUUGGGCCGAAGCUAGCCGGAUAAAAUUAGUCAUAAUACUAUCGGUGCGCAAAAUGAAUAGCUUUCAAACUCUGCAUUAAUCAUUCGUUUCAAAUUCUGAAUAUAGACAAAUUCUUAUGAGUGUCUGUCUAAUUACACCAGUAUAUUUUAUCGUUA